CACAUUGCUAAUGACCGUAAUGUUCACCCGACAGCAAUUUGACGAGGCAUGUCGGGAAUUCAUUCAUGCUCAUCAAUCCAUAUCCUCUGCAUAUGAAGCUAGGCUUUCGGGAUGGUCUUGGAAAGAACAUCAUACACUACCAGGCUUCGGUUACAUGCACCGGAUUGUCACUCUAAACUGGCGUCACCCAGCAUCAGCUGAUACAUUCCUUGAGAUUGACGAUAGUUUGGACGUCGUCGAUGAUGGCACAACUGCUUCCCAUGACUCUCCUGAUUCAUUGACUUGUCAUCAGUAUGUGGUGUUAUCGGCAACUUUCCGUGUGCCAGCAUUUUAUUUUUCUAUCCAUGGUUCGAGUGGUUCUCCAUUACAGUUGACUGAUAUCAUGCAAACUUCUCUUCUUCGUGAGGAUGUGUGCGAAGGGACAGUCGCUACAACAUUCGCUGUAUCGCAUCCGGCAAUGAACUUCCCCCUCCUAUCGCAAGGAGAACACCCGACGCUAGGCACGCCCUGUUGGUACUUUCACCCAUGCGAAACUGCUAGUGCAGUCGAGGAGAUCCUCAAGGAAUCAGAGGAGAACAGUAGGAGACCGCUGAGUUGGAUGGAGGCUUGGUUCAUAGUGUUGAGCACAGCCGUGGACAUGCAGUGAUUUCGAUAAUAUUUUUGGAUGGUGUUCCCAGGCCUUGGAUUUGUAUAGACCUGACGAAAGGUUUUGUAAUAUAAGCUC